UCUCACCCGGAAGUACUUUUCAAAAUGGUCUGCUUCUGUUAGUCAAAUUUGAGUGGGAAAUCUAAAACCGGUGUUUCUCCAAGAGUAUGUUGUCUGUUCCUAUGUUUUUAUGUUAAAUAUGUUUGAUUUUGUAUAACCUUGAAGUACAGAUCAUUUCUGUUGUCAGGUAGAGAGCAAACUUUUUUUUAGCAAUGCUACGGAGCUAGAUGGGACUAGUUACCCGCUAGCCAUGUAGCAAGGUAGUAAGCUAGCUCCCAGUGCAUGAUUGACCAUUCCAGUUAUGUCAAUGUAAUGUACUCCUAGUAAUAGGUUUAUUUUUGUCGAGGUUGCCAGCCCUCAUGCUUUUGGCGUUUCUGGUAUCAUAUCGUACUAUUAUAGCUUUAGAAAUCGUAACAGGAUUGCGUGCUAUGGUAGCAUGACUCCGUCAAAGAAUGGCAUGUCGAACCUCAUCGAUAGGACGAUGAGGAUGAGAAGGGAGGAACAGGAGAGACAGGUGGUCCUCGCCUGGGCUGUUCUCAACGGAUCGCUCGCCGGGAUGAUCUACACUGAAAUGUCAGGAAAACUGCUCAGCCGUUACCUCAAUAUUACCUACUGGUUUGUCUGGUACAUCGAGCUUGCCUUGGCAGUUUUAUUUAGUCUCAACGCCCUCUUUGAUUUCUGGAAAUACUUUAAGUACACCAUGGCUCCCUCCUCCAUUGUUGUCUCGCCAGAGCAGCAUCGUCUCCUAGGACUCAGCAACUCCGGCAUCAAAGCCUCGCCUCCUCUCAAGCCAGAGAAGAAGGAGACUCCCGCCACCACCCCGUCCUCUCCCCUGCAGGGGCAGAAUGUGCUCAGCUUCAGCCCCUCGCGCCAGGCCAAUGCUAGCCCCAAGUUCUCCACUAGCUGCGUUCCAGGCUACAGCCCUCCUCUUAACAGCCCCUCCCCCCCGGGCUUUCUCGUCGGAAAGGUGUUGAACUACAGUCCGUCCUCAGGCUCGCCCCCCUACCCCAGCAGCCUGGGCCCCGCUGAGGGCUCCAACCUGAGGGCCCGCUACCGCACCUCUCCCUCCGUCUUCAACUCCCCCGGGGGGAAGGAGGACUACAUAGACGACCUGAAGGGCCUGGAAAGAUUCCUGCGCUCCGAGGAAGAGAAAAGCCACCGCAGCCAACUGGGAAGCCCAGAGUCGGCGUCUCCAUCGCACAGCCCCACCUUCUGGAACUACAACCGCUCGGUGGGAGACUACGCCCAGAGCCUGCGCAAGUUCCAGUACCAGCUGGCCUGCCGGUCCCAGGCCCCCUCCGCCCACAAGGACGAGACCGACCUGGGUUCCAAGCAGGCGGCCGAGGAGGUCUGGGCUAGAAUAACUACUAGUCGCCUCGUGGUCGACAGCAUCGACACAUGGACUGCUAAACUGAGAAAUUGGAUUAAUGACACCAUCCUGGUGCCUCUGGUGAAGGAGAUCGACUCUGUCAGCGGUCAGCUCCGGAGGAUUGGCUGCCCUGAGCUACAGAUCGGAGAGGCAAGUAUAGCCAGCCUGAAACAGGCCGCCGUGACGAAGGCCUCCGCCAUCCCCACCCUCACUGCCAUCGUGCAGUACCUGGACAUGAGCCCCAACCAGGAGUACCUCGUGGAGCGCAUCAAAGAAUUGGCUCACAGCGGCUGCAUGAGUUCAUUCCGUUGGAACGGGGGUGGAGACAUCAAGAACAGGAAGUGGGACACAGACUUGCCCACAGACUCUGUGGUUUUGAUGCAUGUGAUAUGUACGUACCUGGACUCCAGGCUUCCCCCUCACCCAAAGUACCCAGAUGGAAAAACCUUCACUUCUCAGCACUACUGUCAGACCCCAGACAAACCUGAUGUGACCAAUGAGAAUCUUUUCUGCAUCCAUCAGAGCAGCACAAACCCUCCCCAUUACCAGCUCAUCUAUCAGGGCCAUGUUUAUAGCCUGCCUAAGGGCCGGAACAACCUGUUCCACACAGUCCUCAUGUUCCUCUUCAUCAUUAAGGCCAAGGAGUCGGGGAUGCUGGGGAGAGUAAACCUGGGUUUGUCUGGUGUCAACAUCCUCUGGAUCUUUGGAGACUGAGGUUCUCUUCUCCUCCCGCCACCACCUUUUAAAGCUCAGCACAGACGGACAGCCAACAUCCACUCCUCCAACACAAAGAUGGAUAGUGUUCCACUGGGGUUGAUAGCCAAUUUAAAAGACCAUAGUUACACAGAGGGGCCAUUCACACCUGUGGACAAAACAGUACUGCAAUACUCUCAUUUCCACAGUCACCAACAGUUGCUCAUAGUGCUGUAUUUAUGACUGCUACAUUAUGAGCUGACACUGUUAUCUUAAGGCAUUAUUGAAUGUGAAUGCUUAUUCAAAAAAAAAAAAAAAAAAACACCUGCUAGUGACUGGCCUAUCAUACCUCAGCAAAUAUCCAUUUUGUGACGUGUGUGCGUGCGCGCUUGUGUGUGUGUGUGUGUGUGUGUGUGUGUGUGUGUGUGGUUUUAUUUUUUUUUAAAGUAGCUACUUUUUAGGUAGUAGCUCAGAACAUCAGACGUGUAUAUAAUGGUGCAUGUGUGUGUGAAGUCUAAGGAGCCCACACUGGUUUGAAUGUAUAUAAGCGUGCUUUAUAUUUUUAAAUGUUUCUCAUUAGAAUGUGUCUCACUUGUCAGGGCUUGAUCUUUUAUAUGACAUUUGCUUUGAUUCUGGCCUGCAGCUCUCUCUCUCUCUCUCUCUUUCUUUCUUUCUUUCUUUCUUUCUUUCUUUCUUUCUUUCUUUCUCUCUCUCUCUCCCUAAGGGCUGUGGGAUUGGGAAAGGCAUGGCUUUGCAUUUAAUGUGCAGAUGCAUCUAUACAGCAGCCCUGGUGCAGCAAGUAGCAGGCGACUCCGGGCCAGAUGUGGCCCUGAUCUGGCUCAGUGCAAGUGACUGUUAACGUUUAGUUGACUGAAUGCUUUGGGGCCGGAUCUGUAGUCCUGGCUCCUAUUUGACUGAACGUGACUGGGACACAUGGCCCCGAUCCAGCACAGACCCAGUGCCCCUUGACUGACGGGUGACUGUGUACUGUAUCGACCUGGCCCUGAUUUGGCACAGACCCAGUGGUCCUUGACUGACGGGUGACUGUGUACUGUAUCGACCUGGCCCUGAUUUGGCACAGGUCCGGUAGCUCUUCCUUGCCUCUGACUGAGUGGCCCUUGAUCGACUUUUCUUGACACAGUCCGUUACAAUGUGACCCUGAGCUGGAGAUUGUCUAAAUCUGUCCCAGACACAGUUGCUAUGCCAUGCGUGACUUGCUGUACGUGUCUGUAUAGGGAUGGAUGUUCAUUAAAUCAGAUAAAACUAGAUUACCCAAACCUAUCUAUGUGCCAAAGUCUACUCUACCUGAGAUGGCUGUUUGGAGGGCUGUACUGGUAAAAGGACUGUUUGUUUUUCCAACUCGGGUAAAAGGGUGGGGACCAGGGACUGGUGACCCUGAAUGUAUACAGUCAUUGUUUUUUUAUGUAUAGAUCUCAUGGUUGUUUUUUUUUGUAUUGAGCUCAUGUUGUAAAUUGUUAUUAAAUAACAGAGGAAGACCCUUCA